GUAUGUAACGUCGGAAAAUUGUUUCAAAAAUUCACCUUGCUAAUUUCUACUCUAAAUUACAACUCGUGGUGUUCAUGUCUAGAUUUAAAUAGGUAAAUUACCAGUCAUCUCCGAAGUCGUCGGCCAUGUCAUCUUCCUCUGCUUUUGCAGCAGCUUCCGCAGCGGCGGCUUCGGCCGCAGCAGCUUCGGCGGCGGCGGCUUCAGCAGCUGCAGCUUCAGCAGCUGCAGCCUCGGCUGCCAGUCUUUCUGCUUCAGCCGCUUGUGCUAGUUCUGCAGAAACUCUUGCAGCUUCCACAGCAGCUGCGUCUUCGACAAUAGCUUGUUCCACCUCGGCCUCACCAACUUCUUCGGCCUGGUCUUGCGGUGGAGCGGGAACUACAUCUGCAGGUUCAGGCUCUUUCGUUUCCCCUGCCCCUUGACGGGCUUUGAUAAGCUCGAUGAGAUUCAACUCAAGAUCGUCCUUAGCAGAAAGAUAAUUCACACCGGGCAUUCCAGUUAAUUUGGUUGCUUCACGUUGUUGCAAGAACAUUUGUUCCACUUGAAGGCCAAUGCUCAAAUCAGGGAAUUGCUCGGGGUUAGAGGAAGGUGUAGCGAGAGCUUCUGCUGCCGUUUCACUAAUAGUAGAUAAGUCUUGCUUCCAUAGAGCUACAAUCUCAUCAAUUUUGGACGGUAGAUACGUACGGACAAACAUGGCUGCCUCUGGUAGUCUCUUCGUCGCUACCAAUAGUUCCGCACACGCCUCAACGUUACCUGUCAACAAGUAGGCAACAAAGGCGACAUUUGUUUUACCGUCCUUUGAUGCAGCGUCCGCAAGUGUCUCCAUACCAGCCAAAUUUCCGAUGGCUGAAUAAAGCAACAGAAGGUCUGAAUAAUCAUGACUAGCUACACUGGCAGCUUCGACAAGCUCCAGAUUGUUUUCCUUAAGUGCUGCAUCAGAAAGUCGUUUCCAUUUCGAUUCAGUCUCUGUUGAAUCCUUAUCCUCGUCCGGUGUUUCAAGUAGUAGUGCAUGUGCGGUCUCAGUUUGUCCAAGUUCAAGUGCAAGCUCAAAUUUAUGAUCCGGGUCAGUUGUCACUGCAAAGGCUUCUUCCUUAAAUCCUUGGGAUUCGAGGAAACGAGCGACUUUGGUAUAUUCAGACUCUGGUACAUUUGGUAAGAGUUGAUUCGCAGCAUCAAAAUCACCUCGCAUUACAGCAGUCUGGUAUUGGAGGACGGAUAACAUGACCUUGUACGCAACAAUGUUCAACGAUUUGUCUACCAAAUAGACUCUGUCUUCUUUCGCCAAGUAUCCAAGUAUGGUAUGCUGACUCUGACCUCCUGCAGAAGUCUCGAGGUGCACCAGCGUCUCAAUUUGUCCUCCAACACAGUAAUUCAAUCGACCAACGCCAUUGAUAAAAAUGAAACAAUCUCCAACCCAUUUACCAGAGGUGAUAGUGUCAUUGAUCUCAUAAAGCAGCUCGAAUGAUCCUUCGAUACCUGCUUCUGGGUUCACUUGCCCCAUUGCAAUCGCCUGCGAUACUUGUUGAGAAUUGUAGCUUAAAACGUAAGCAGAGUCUUCUGUGGCAAGCAAGACCAUGUUGCCGCUAUCACUCCAGUAAACGUCUUUCGGAAUAGCUUCAAUCUUUUGAAUAAAUUCACCAGAGUCCCAUUCAUAGAAGAGGACACCAUCCGAUCCCUUGACACCUAUUGCAGUUCCUCCAAAAAGACCAUCGGCACUGGCCGUCGCAGGUACGAUGGUCUGGCUUUCCUUGAAAUUCUUGUAGGUCUKAAUAGAAUUGGAAGAUUCACGAAUACAAUAGUCUCCAGUUCCGUUACCAGACCAGACGAAAUCGAGCGCUUGACCAAAUGCUUUAUUUCUCAAGGCUUGAGCUGUGUAGAUAAUAAACUCUCCGUCUCCACAAACAGCUACAAAUCGUCCGUUGCAGUUGUGUUUUAGCAUCUGAGGAUACAGCUCGCAAGAUCCAAGAUCACGAGGCACUACAGGGAGACGCUCUCCAUCAGGCAAUGCGUCCUCUCCGGAUCCAACCAAUCCUUUCACGCUGGUGGUUUGAAUAUCAUUGUUCGUUGCCCAUACAACCUUUCCAGUUGCAUCCAUAGAAGCAACAGGAUCAUCCGAACCCAAUUCGAUGCAAACACAACCCUCGUCAAAUCCAAUAGCAAGUUUAUUGGUUUGAGGGGAUGCAGCAAGUGCCCAGGCACGUUCCAUUCCGUAAUUUAGAGUCGUCUCCGCGCGAUAGGUAGUGGAUUGCCAAAUUCGAACAGUUCCGUCUUCACUAGCGGACGCGAUGAUGGGUAAUUUGGGGUGGAACAUGACAGCGCAAACAUUAUUCGUGUGUCC